AAUCCAUUAAUUAAUAGUAAUAGCAGCUUGUUAAUAGUAAUCCCUUCCCUUGAGACUCGCUCACAAAUAUUCUCAUUCAUUCUCUCAUUCAUUUGUCUCCUCCAUUCGGCCCAAAUACCUGCCAUCUUUCAUGACGUCUCACGAGAAAGGUCGGCCAUUGCCGAAAUUUGGCGAGUGGGACGUCAAUAAUCCUGCCUCAGCUGAUGGAUUUACUGUGAUUUUUGCCAAAGCCAGAGAUGAAAAGAAGGCUAAUGACACUGCUGCAGCUGCUGCACCACAGCCAAGUUUCGACAGUAUGCCUCAGCAACACCCAUCUCAUGAGCAAUCCCGCAAGAAAAAGUGGCUUUGCUGUAUCUGAAAUGCCGGUGCAGUUUGGAUGGAAAACAUGGCGUGGAAAAAUUGUAGAGUUCAAAUUGGGCACAUCCAGCUAAGAGUUGGGGAAUGACAGGCAGUUGCAAUUUUUAAUUUAAACGCAUCUGUUAUAUAAGUUCGUUGGAUUUCUAUACUUAUCCCCGAGUGUAUGUUUUGGGGGAACUGUGAAAAGCAUUUUAAAGUGCAAGUCAUGUUUAUUUCCACAACUAUUCUUAGAUGA